AUGUUGGCACUGUGGAGUGCGUUAUUGGCUGAUAAGACACGUUUGAUUUUUGCUGAACCACCAUUACUUGGAAUCAUAAGUGUUCUGGCCGUGCACAUACUACUGAUCUAUCAGAUAAUCGUUAUCGCCAGACCAGAUGCGAGUAAUUUCAUCCCGUUUUGGAGUAUAUAUGUUCAACAAGUUCUCAAUGCAAGUCAAAUAAUUGAAGGAACUUCAACAACUCCGCAAGGAACAGACAUGCUAUCACCAGCAGUAUCGGCGUAUUAA